AUGGACCGCAUCCCCAACGUCAAGCUGCCCAGCGGCACCGCCGCGGGCCGCCUGGCGCGCCUGGCCAUCAUGGGCGGCGCCGCCAUCUACGGCGCCAUGAACUGCUUGUUCACGGUGGACGGUGGCUACAGGGGGAUCGUGUUCAACCGCGUGGUGGGCAUCAAAGAGGAGGUGUAUCCCGAGGGUACCCACCUGAUGAUCCCGUGGUUCGAGCGGCCCAUCAUUUAUGAUGUCAGGGCAAGGCCCAACCUCAUCUCAAGCACAUCGGGGAGCCGGGACCUCCAGAUGGUGAACAUCAGCUUGCGAGUGCUCACCCACCCAAACCCCCUGAAGCUGCCUGAGAUCUACAGGAACCUGGGGACCGACUAUGCAGAGCGGGUGCUACCAUCGAUAAUACAGGAAACGCUGAAGAGUGUGAUUGCACAAUACAAUGCCAGCCAGCUGCUGACAAUGCGUGAGCUGGUCAGCAAGGACAUCCGCCGAAUCCUGACAGAACGCGCGCGGUUCUUCAACAUCGUCCUUGACGAUGUGUCCAUCACACAGCUCACAUUCAGCCGGGAGUACACCUCAGCGGUGGAGGCCAAGCAAGUCGCGCAGCAGGAUGCAGAGAGGUCCAAAUUUGUGGUUGACAGGGCGGUCCAAGAAAAACAGAUGUUGAUAGUCCGGGCGAAGGGUGAGGCUGAGAGUGCCAGAUUGAUUGGCGAAGCCAUCCGUGACAAUCCUUCGUUUAUCACACUGCGGAAGAUCGAGGCGGCGCGCGAGGUCGCCCAGACAGUUUCUAACUCAGCCAACCGGGUGUUCCUCAACGCGGACAGCCUUUUGCUGAACCUGGGGCAACUGGAGACGACCAAAGCGAAAAAAUGA